GUUUUUGAAUUUUUCAAAUACGUUAUAGAGAGCUUUUGAUAUUCAGUUUUUAAAUUUUGAAUUUUUCUUCUAUCCUGUUGAACUGCUACAGGAUUUAUUUUGCUUUAAAUACUUUUUAAAAGGAUUUAGAAAUGUCUGAACAACCUAAGAAGAACAAAGAAUCUGCAGCUAUACGCUUUACAUUGUUUAUUGGUGGACCUGAUGGAAAAUUACGAGUUUUUCGGACACAAUCAAGCAUUCCGCUCAUGAAAUUGAGAAAGAGAGUAGCAAAAAUUGUCAAAGCUAAAAAUGAUGACUUAUUAAUCUUCCACAACAACCACGAGUUAUCCCUAAAAUCAUCUGAUGGAACGCCAACAACACCCCAAACUUUUGGACUUUCUGAGAAUAAUUAUCUCACGAUUUACAGGAAAACCGACCUUUUCGUCACUAAACGAGCUUCAACAUUAAAUUAAACAUCAACAUUGUGAUUCAUCGGUUGUAUCGAUUUAAUCAUAAAUUCUUCCAUGUAUCCCCAUUUAUAUUUUUCAUACAUAAUCCAAGCUUGAAUGAUGAAUAAGCCAGCAUUCGUGACCUCAUCACAAUAACCACAAAAAUCCCUAUGUAUAUUCUGUUUAGUUCUGCAUAACAGCCACUACGAUCAUUGACAUUAAUUAAUACAUCGAUCAUGUCAAUUAAAUCAUUUUUGAUCUAUGUUACAUAAUAAUCGUUGGAUAUUGUUUGUUACUGUGUAUUAAAAUUUACCUUCAGUCUCAUCUAUGUAAAUUCGCGGAAGAGUUUUUGACUUUGACUCACCUGAAAAUAAACAUGGAAAGAAAAAGACACAAUGAAUAAAAUGGAAAUAAAUUUAUGGUUAUUGUUGUUGUUGAGUUC